GCGCUCCCUUCAUUUUUCCCGCGCAUUUUGUGCUGAUUCCGGCCAAUUUGGCCCCAAAAAAAAUUCCCACCCCAAACCAAAAAAAAAAAAAAGCAACCCUAGAUAACAAAUUUCUGAAUUGGUCGAAAAUGGAAAGAGGAACCGGAGAAAAUGAAAGCGAAAUGGAUAGAGAUGAAGAAGAAGCAGUCAAUGAGAUCUUAAGAGAUCGAUUUCGACUCUGCACUAUCUCCAUUGCUGAAGCCGAAGCCAAAAAGAAUGGGAUGGAAGUUUCGCAACCGAUCAUGGCUUGUAUUUCGGAUCUAGCCUUCAAAUAUGCCGAACAGUUGGCAAAGGACCUUGAGCUAUUCUCACAGCAUGCUGGUCGUAAAUCUGUAAACAUGGAAGAUGUCAUACUUUGUGCUCAUCGGAACAGUCAACUGGCUGCGUCAUUAAGAUCUUUCUGCAAUGAUCUAAAAGCAAAAGAACCUCCAUCGGAAAGGAAGAGGAGAAGAAAUGCAAAAAAGGAAGAUAAAGGUGCUGCUGACGCACUCUAUAUCCCAGAUCAGUAAUCGAGACUUGAACUUUCGUCCGCAGAUUAUUGUAUAGUUUUUCUCACAUAUUCCAGCUUGGUCCUCUAUGAUCUUAGAUGUAUUACCUUCAGUGACUAGGAACAACAAAAAAACUAAACUGAUUAAGAAAAAGUGAUUGGAUUAUGUAUGUUAUGGUUGCUGAUGAACUUCAAAAUCGAGAUCGAGGCAAAUGUAAAAAAAAUGCAACUCGAACGGAUUCUAACGAAAAAUUGCGGUAUACCCA